GGAAAGCGGAGGGGCGGGAGGCGAGGGUGGUGCAGGUUGCGCGGGCUGUGUCCAGCCCGUUUGGGUGGCCGGAGCGGGCGGAGGCGGAGGCGGCGGGGUCUGGCCAUGGCGUCCAACUUUAACGACAUCGUGAAGCAGGGCUACGUGCGGGUCCGCAGCAGGAAGCUGGGGAUAUUCAGGAGGUGCUGGUUGGUUUUCAAAAAGGCUUCUAGCAAAGGACCCAGAAGACUAGAAAAAUUUCCAGAUGAGAAGGCAGCUUAUUUCAGAAACUUUCAUAAGGUAACCGAACUGCACAACAUUAAAAACAUCACUAGACUGCCUCGGGAGACAAAGAAGCAUGCAGUAGCAAUUAUCUUUCAUGAUGAGACGUCAAAGACAUUUGCCUGUGAGUCAGAGCUGGAGGCAGAGGAGUGGUGCAAACGUCUCUGCGCAGAGUGUCUAGGAACCCGACUGAAUGACAUAAGUCUUGGGGAGCCUGAUUUGCUGGCGGCGGGGGUGCAGCGGGAGCAAGAUGAAAGAUUCAACGUGUACCUAAUGCCCACCCCCAACCUAGACAUCUACGGGGAGUGCACCAUGCAGAUCACCCACGAGAACAUCUAUCUCUGGGAUAUCCACAACGCCAAGGCCAAGCUGGUGAUGUGGCCGCUCAGCUCCCUGAGGCGUUAUGGGCGAGACUCCACGUGGUUCACCUUUGAGUCGGGAAGGAUGUGUGACACAGGCGAGGGGCUGUUCACCUUUCAGACCAGGGAAGGAGAACUCAUCUAUCAGAAGGUCCAUUCGGCGACCCUGGCGAUAGCGGAGCAGCACGAACGCUUGAUGCUGGAGAUGGAGCAAAAGGCCCGGCUUCAGACCAGUUUGACGGAACCAAUGGCGUUGUCCAAGUCCAUAUCUCUCCCUCGGAGUGCCUACUGGCAUCACAUCACCCGGCAGAGCAGCGUCGGAGAAAUCUACAGUUUACAAGGUCACAGUUUCGGCUCCACAAAGAUGUCCCGGGCCCAGACUUUCCCCAGCUAUGCCACCGAGCAGAGUGAGGAGCUGCAGCAGCCCCUGUCGCGGUCGAGCAGCUACGGGUUCAGCUACAGCUCCAGCCUCAUCCAAUGACACCCAUAGAGCUGAGUCACCACCGACCAGAGACAGUCUAGCCCGGAGCCUGCCUGUGGGGCCGGGAGCCUGUCCGUGCCCCGCCCUCGGCAGUCACAGAAGACCAAGUGCACUCUCCGUUCUAGUCCCGUCGCAGUCGAAGGUUCCAAACUGGAGUUGUGCUUCGUUGAGUCGAGGGCCGAGGCUUUUAUUUAUUGAAUAUUUUGGGGGAUCCAUGCUAAAACCUUUGAGGUGGAAGGGAGUCACUUCAGCCAAUGACAACCUGAAGGUGUGCAGUGGCUCGGCCUGGUGGACACGGCCGGGACCACCUGGGAGCCCAACAUCCCUCCCCCGCCCCGGGUCAGGGUCUCUCCGGCUGCCGCUACUCGGACCUAAGUUGCCCAGCGGCUGUCCCGUGGUGGGGCCUGCUCGGAGCUCUGGGGAGCUGUGUGGGGGCUGACCAGAACAUAGUCGGUGACCGUUCCCUAUAGCAUCAUAGCUGUCCAUAGAGUUAAAUCCACUGCUAGUCAAGGUCCCAGGGAAUGACAAAACCCAAGUUUAGGCAGGACCCCUUAGCUCAACUCUGUGUGUGUGUGUGCGUGUGUGUGUAUGUGUGUGUGUGGAAGGGUGUGAGCAUGUGCAUGCACAUGCGUGUGUGUGUGUAUGCGUGUGUGUGUGUAGAAAAAAUAUAGAUCUGGGUAUCGGUCUAUCCAUCUAUAUAUACGAGUAUCUAUAAAAUGUGUGCUGAGGGUGACAGGUUAUGCUCACUUAAAUCGUUGACAAAUGUAAUUUGGUGCAUUAAAACCAAGAUUGUUAUGUCAAAUAUCUAUUUUUAAAUUAGUGCUGUAAAAAGGCUUCUCUCUCAACUCACCAAGUAUUUAUGUAGUCGAGUCUGCUCUCACAAAUCCAGUGGAGCCGAGAGAGGGAGAGGGUGGCCGAACCAGCAAGGCCCCUCGGAGACCCUCACACCCAAGCUGCCCCUGCCUUUUUGGGGAGAGAUGUCUUGGCUUCUGAUGGCCUGGUCCAGUCCAGAGUCAGCAAUUUGAGCCAUGUUACGAGGACCUGUUGAGUUACUGAGCGGCUCCCCGCUGAACCUCUAGAAAGUCAGAGCAAUGAUGGGGAAGGGGAGAUUGAAUCCGUGCUAAGAUGUCUUGGGAGCAGAGCUGGAGGCAGUGAAUAGAUAGUGUGAAAGAUACCCCUAUAGGAGUAGAGAUGUUUAUUUGAAUUUUCAAAAAUGGUAUGAACUCUUUCACACAGAUUGUGGUGCUCGCAAGUCCUCAACAAGGAAAGUGUUUAGCUUGAGAUCUUUGGCCGGAUCGGACCUCGGGCCCGCUUCCUGGUAGAGAGAUGGCAGAGGGUUUCUGAGAAAGCCAUUUUUAUUUUUCCCGAGGCCAGGGCCACUCCACUGAAAAAGGAGGAAAAACCCGGCAGUAGUCUUGAGCACCUGGGGUGCGUGGACCAGCGAGCUGGAUAAUUCAAGAAAAAAAAAAUCCUAUUUCCCUCUAUCGUACAACCAAUUCACAGAGAAGCCAGGUUGCAUAAACUUGAUUGGCCUGCUAGCUCUUUGUGUCAGGGUUCUUGUCUGUUAAUUCCAUUGUACUCUCCCAGGCGCUUAAUACAGUGCUCUGCACAUAGCAGGUGUUCAGUAAAUACUAUUGAUCAAUUGUGGCCUCCAGCAGGUGUUCGCAGCCAAUGAUCCAUGGAAACUCAAACCUGACUGGACAACUAUUUGGGCAAGUGGCUCAGAUGAUCCACUCACAUGGUUUUUCACCUCUCUGCUUCCUUGGAGUCAGUCUGCAUGCAGCGUUACCAAGAGGAGGUUUGUAGCCCUGCCAGAGCUUCUGUCAUGAAGUAAAAAAAAAAACCCCCAAAAAACCCAAAAGAGAAUAUAACAAAGAACAGAACAAAACAGGCUACAAAGAAAGUCUCAGCCCAAGGCACUGGGGUAUUUACCCAUCAACCCCUUGCUCAGCUGACUGGAGGCUGAUAAACCUCUGUGAACCUCUACUGGUACUGAGUCUGUCUGAGCGACAUAUCCCCAUCCCUUCUGGGCAUGAUUUAUAAACUCUAUGCCUCCGAGCUGAAUAUAAAAUCACUUCAGGAGGGGGCCCAGCCUUCCUACCAGCACAUGGCAAUACCUCUCCUCAGCUAUCAGGGGUGGAGACUCACCUUCUGCCCCCGGGCCGUGAACUUUGCCAAGACUGCACGUGGCAAAAUGACCAAUGGCAGGUGGUCACCUCCCCUGAAUGGCCAGUAGCAUUCAAGGUGCAGAACCUCUGAAUGCUUUUUUCAAGUAGGUGGCUGCUCCAGACUCCUGCCAUCAGCCCCACUGGGGCAGUUCCCUCUGAGACCAGUUUAUUGCAGCCCUGGCCUUACAGUGCCCUCCUCUAGAGAGGCUGACAAGCUCCCUCUCAAGCCGGGAUACGGUGGCCAAGUGUUCCCUGUGGGCAGGUGGCCUGGUGUCUCCACCUAAGUCUCCGGCCCUUGGGUCAUGGCUCAGCUUCAUUAGCAAGCCAGACUGUUGGGUUGAUGGCAGGGGGACGGCAUUGUGCAGACAUCUCGGGUGGGCCUCUAAGUUGCAGUGCCUUGCCCAGACUUACCCCUGGGUCUUCCAUCACCAGUGCCCCUGACCCAGGAGACUGGGAUGCAGGUCCAGCCUGGAACCAGUUCACUCCCAAACAGUCCAGAAAAGGCUUCUUUCCCAAUAUUCAGUGGGCCCUCCUCCAACUGAGGAGUCUGGCUAUAGACGGCCCCCGGGUGCCAUUUCUGAGAUUAUCUCCAGUAGCUCCACCGCCAAUCAGAUCCCGGUCCCCAGGGGAGCUGAGAAAAACUACAUUCAACUAGUAACAAAAGGCAAUGGGCACUGCAGUGAAAAUGACAAGCAGGUGAAGACGAGCUUUAUGGUAGCAGAUGAUGAAUGUGGUUCCUGGGCCAAUGACCUGGGAUUUUGAGUGACUGAAUCAAUCUGGGAUCUAGUGGUCCUAGUAGGACUAAAAGUGACAUUGUGCACACACUGUCAAAGCACUGUACUAAGCACCAGAGAAAGGUGCAAGGACUUAGACACUGUCUGCCCUGACGUGGGGCUCACAGUCUUCAGGCGGAAGGAUCGAACAGAUAUACGAAGAAAGAAAGGCAGGAUCAAUUCAGCCAAAUCAGUGUUAAUUAAACAGAAUGAACCCAGUCCUGACUCUCCUCCCUGAUGCAGGCAGAGCCAUGCUGGGUCCAAACCGCCACAUCUUCCCUGCGUUUUAUGGGUUCUAACUGUCACAGGGGCCCCGGACCAGAUGGCUGCUGUUACAAUGCAUCCUGGGCUUCUGCUGAGGGAUGGUUCUGCUCCCUGCUGUGGAGAGCAGGGAGAAAAUCACUGAGCAGGUAAACUAGUCAUUACAGUCAGUGCCCACUACCCAUUGCCAGCUCUGUCUGCUUCCUCCCUUUAGGAGAAGUGCCCUUGGCCAGCAUUUUUUUUAAGAGGUACUACUAUGUUUUAAAAAGAGCUGGGGAAAAAAAACACACAGGUGAAAGUUAGAUAUGGUUCCUGACCCUCCAUGGACUCACGGUAUAAAAAUAAGGAGGGAAAAAUUUGACAACAGAUCUAAAAGAUGAAAAUAUAUAAAUGUAAAACAAUAGAAAAUAUAAAGUUUGAAGUGCAUAAAAUCAAAUGGGAAAGGGAACCUGUAGGGGCUUCUGGGGCUGCCACACAGGAAAUUGAGAGUCCAGUUACAGCCAAAGCUUCCCAAAGCUCGAAAAUAUUUGCAAAUGACAUCCCCUUAGAACUGGGAAAGGAACUUGUCUGCAUGUGCCUCUUGGUACUUUCUGAAAAUGACUACCUUUGGGCGGCGGGCUCUCUCUGCAGCUAGGUAGUGGCCAAAGAAAGUGGUCAUAAGCCCCAUCUCUGAGGAGGAGAAGAAGCCAAGUGAAAUGUGGGAUCUUCUUAGACUGCAACAGAGAAUUUUGUUCUUUGACAAGCCUUCAAAAGGCUAUCUUUCCAUGGAUUUCCAGGUAGAGUGUUUCUCUGCCCUGAGAGCCCUAUGUAAAUAAAAUAGGUGAAAUCCUGGUCUCCCUGGUAGACAGUCUCAAUCCCAUAGAGGAAAGAGAUUCCCUCUAGUCACUGACCCAAAUCUCAGCCCUCUGGUUCCAAACAUUUGUGAAUCAAGAGCUUCUGAACUUGGAUUGGGAAAACUCAAGGUGCUCAUUGAUUGGUUUGAAAUUCAUUGACCAAAUAUAAAAUUCCAUCACUGCCCCUUCUGUCCUGCUGAAAAGACUGAGGGUUUAUAGUGAACAGCACCUCACCAACUCUAUCCCACACUUAAUUACAAACUGUACCUUUCUGGUAGACAUUGAAGAUUUUUUUCUUGAGAACCUAAGAUUCUUCACUUUGCCUCAGUCCCUCUAAAGUUUAGCUGGAAAAGCUUGAACUAGCAGGGAGAUAGCUAACCAUUCGCAGUGAGCAAUAAGGAAACAAGAGAGAAUCAGCUGAGAAAAUUGCAUCCCUGGGAGAAAGAAGUCCAGAUUCAGCUGCUGUUGUUUUAGUGCAGAAAAGCAGUGAAAUACCUUCAUUAGGACUGAGUUUUGCUUUAAUGUUUCAUGUGUCGUGAUGAGCAUUGGAAGAAAUCCUGCUCACAGAUAAAGCUGCAAAUUUUUCUGAUAUUAGAAUGGAGUCUUGUGAUAUACAAUUAUUUCUGAACUUACUCUUUUCCUACUUUUCUGAUUGGGUUGAGGAGAGGAGGCAGAGAGUGCAUAUACCACCCAAGAGACAUGGGCCUGGGCUCCAGUCUAUGGAGAAGCAGCGUGGCUCAGUGGAAAGAGCCUGGGCUUCGGAGUCA